AUCGCAAAAAGUUCGUUUCAAAUAUAACCUACGGAGUUGUCUAAUUAAUUCGGUUCAGACUGGGGCUACCUGGAACUAGGUGAAACCCGCACCGUACUGUAUUUUUUUUUCCAGGGUGCGAGAAAUUAGUUGCUUAACUCUCUGGUUUUGUUGUUUGGGGAUGCCAAUGAGUGAUACACUUGUAUACAAACUAAAUUUUGUUCUUUUCAUGGAGCUGUUUGUAAUGAAUGAACAAAGCAAGUUAGCGGGACUUCGGAUUGGAGCUUGCAGUCAUAAUCCUUAAAUAGUUUUUUCGCUGCUUCUGCCAGUUUUGUUUGGACAACUUUGAAUUCUUAGUUCAAGUUUUCUUUACCUUGUUCUAGUGUAUGAUAUUAUCAAAGUGUCAAAUAUAAGUGUUUUGCCUAUCUUUAUUUGUUUCCAGGAGAUUGAAAUCCGGUUCUUGAUUACAGUUCCAAAACACCAUGGUCUCUCUCUGAUUCCUUAACAAAUGACACCCACAAAAGUCCUUAUAAACCUCCUGAAAGACCCAACUAGAAUAACAUCCAAAUCCCAGGCCAAACAACUCCAUGCCCAAAUCUUCAAAACCAUAUAUCCCAACUCUCCCUCUCACAUAUCCAAACUUCUCUCGAUCUAUACCAAUCUUAACCUGUUACAUGACUCUAUUUGUCUCUUUAACACUCUCCGUUCACCGCCCUCUUCACUUGCCUGGAAAUCCAUCAUCAGAUGCUACACUGAUAAUGGCCUUUUUGUUCAGGCAUUGCUGUUUUUUGUUAAAAUGAUGGGUUCUGGAGUGUACCCAGAUCAUAAUGUGUUCCCUUCAGUGUUAAAGUCAUGCACUUUGUUGGUGGACUUUAGGUUUGGUGAAUCUGUCCAUGCCUGCAUUAUUAGGCUUGGUGUGGAUUUUGAUUUGUACACUAAUAAUGCUCUCAUGAAUAUGUAUGCAAAAUUCCAAUGCUUGGGUUUUGGAGUGAGUGGUAGAGGCAAAUUUUAUGAUCAUGCAGUGCUUGAUAAAAUGCCCGAACGAAAUGUGAAUGGUGAAUUAACUUAUGGUUUAGUUAGUGACAGUGAGUUUAACAAUAGUACUACGGAUUUGGGACACAAAUUUGAGAAACAGGUUGCGAAUGUUGCAUCUACUGUUAGUUUAGAUGGAAUAAGUGAUGACUUAAGCUCUAAUAAUGGAAGCUGGCAAGCUGAUGAUCACUCUUGUCGAAGAACAAGUAAUGGAAUUAAGCCUUUGCAAAUCGAUAACGUGAGGAAGGUAUUUGAAACAAUGCCAAUCAGGGAUCUUGUUUCAUGGAAUACUAUGAUUGUGGGACUUGCUCGAAAUGGGUUAUACGAAGAUGCUUUAAAGAUGGUUAGGGAAAUGGGGAAUGGUAACUUAAAGCCUGAUUCAUUUACUUUGUCAAGUGUCCUUCCGAUAUUUGCAGAGUAUGUAGAUGUUGUUAAGGGGAAGGAGAUCCAUGGUUACUCUAUUAGGCAUGGAUUAGAUAUGGAUGUGUUCAUUGGAAGUAGCUUAAUAGACAUGUAUGCAAAGUGUGCACGAAUGGGGGAUUCAUGUCGGGUAUUUUAUCUCUUACCUCAAAGAGAUGGGAUUUCAUGGAACUCAAUUGUUGCAGGAUGUGUGCAGAAUGGUUUUUUUGAUGAAGGAAUCAAAUUCUUUCGGCAGAUGUUAAUGGCUAAAAUAAAACCAAGACAUAUUUCUUUUUCUAGUAUCAUUCCAGCUUGUGCCCAUUUGACAACACUACAUCUUGGGAAGCAGCUACAUGGAUACAUAAUGAGGAAUGGAUUUGAUGAUAAUGUGUUUAUAGCCAGCUCACUUGUGGACAUGUAUGCCAAAUGUGGGAAUAUUAGUUUAGCAAGAUUUAUAUUUGAUAGAAUGGAGCUCCAUGACAUGGUGUCAUGGACAGCCAUUAUAAUGGGACAUGCUUUGCAUGGGCAUGCCCAUGAUGCCAUUUCCUUGUUUGAACAAAUGGAACAGGAGGGAGUGAAACCAAACUCUGUGGCAUAUGUGGCAGUAUUAACCGCUUGUAGUCAUGCUGGUUUAAUAGACAGAGCUUGGAAUUUUUUCAAUAGUAUGAUCCAGAAUUAUGGUAUUGCUCCAGAUCUAGAACACUAUGCUGCAAUGGCAGACCUUCUUGGUCGCGCAGGCAAGUUGGAAGAAGCAUAUGAUUUCAUAUCUAGCAUGCGUGUAGGACCUACUGGGAGUGUUUGGUCAACAUUAUUGUCUGCUUGUAGAGUCCACAAGAAUGUUGAGUUAGCUGAGAAGAUUGCUGAUAAAAUAUUUAUGAUUGAUCCCAACAACAUGGGAGCUUAUGUUCUCUUGGCAAACAUUUAUUCUGCUGCUCGAAGAUACAAAGACGCAGCUAGGGUGAGAAUCUCUAUGAAAAGAAAGGGAAUGAAAAAAACACCAGCUUGCAGCUGGAUUGAAGUAAAAAACAAGGUUCAUGCUUUUGCUGCGGGAGAUGAAUCCCAUCCUUUUUAUGACAAAAUAAAUGAGGCUCUGAAAGAUCUUUUGGACCGGAUGGAACAAGAAGGGUAUGUUCCCGACACCAAAGAGGUUCUCCAUGACGUUGACGAGGAGCAAAAGAAAUACUUGCUGUGCUACCAUAGUGAGAGACUCGCGAUAGCAUUUGGCAUCAUUAGCACUCCUGCUGGGACAACAAUUCGAGUAAUAAAGAACCUUCGGGUCUGCGGGGACUGCCACACUGCAACGAAGUUCAUAUCAAAAAUUGUCCAAAGAGAGAUAAUUGUGAGGGACAACAGCAGAUUUCAUCAUUUCAAGGAUGGAAAGUGUUCAUGUGGAGAUUACUGGUAACAGUUCAAAUUGAGACUUCAUUAGCUUUAAUAAUUCUUUUGCUAUAGUCUGCAUUGAUCUACUCUGAGCAUCCUAUUUCAGAGAAGGUUCAUAUCCAGAGAAUUUAUAGUUGAGCUCUCAGUAAAUGAACUGCAAAAUGGAGGUUAGCUAUCCCCACAUCAAAUGUAUAUAUUUUUCAAGAUCAUUUAUUAAUGUUAAACACAUUGGAGGGGAAAAUAAAGAAAUUUCAUUAUGUAUCUUGAUGUUUAGAUCAUACUUUUAUAACAUUUUUUUAUCUGAUCAAAUUUGUAGUUUAUAUGAAUUCUGUAAGCAUUUUGCUAGUUCCUCACUUGAAUAAAAAGGCAGAAGAUAUAACUCUUCA